AUGGGGAACGACUCCCUCAUUGCCAAGGGAAUGGCUCCGCAACAAAGGAUCCUCUUUCCCCCGGAGAAGAUUUGCAUGGAUUGGCAGCAAAGACAGAGAGCUGGAGCGGGACUGCACAACCUGGGCAAUACGUGCUUCCUCAACUCCGUCCUGCAGUGCCUGAUGUACACAGCCCCUCUGGCCAACUACCUGCUCUCUCGUGAGCACAGCCAGUUGUGUCAUCAGCAAGACUUCUGCAUGAUGUGCGUAAUGGAAGCGCAUGUUAACAAGGUCCUGCAUUCCUCAGUCAGUGCCAUCCAGCCUAGCGCUGUCAUCAACGUCCUCACACGAAUAGGAGAACAUUUCCAGCUUGGCAGGCAGGAAGAUGCCCACGAGUUCCUACGCUUUACUGUCGAUGCCAUGCAGAGAGCUUGUCUGAGUGGAAGCAGCGAAUUGGACAUGUCUUCUCAAGCAACUACCAUCAUCCAUCAAAUAUUUGGGGGCUUUCUGAGAUCCAGAGUCACGUGCUUGAGCUGCAGAGCAGUUUCCGAUUCCUACGAGGCUUUCCUGGAUGUCCCUUUGGAUAUAAAAGCAGCCUCUUCUGUCACUGCAGCUCUGGAGGACUUUGUGAAACCAGAGCAGCUGGAUGGUGAAAACUGCUUUAAAUGUAGCAAAUGUGACAAGAUGGUUGCCGCCUCCAAGAGGUUUACAGUCCAUUGCGCGCCCAAGGUUCUCACAGUGUGUCUGAAGAGGUUUGAAGGCUGCACCGGCAGGAAGAUCAGCAAGGUUGUGGAGUAUCCCGAGUACUUGGAUCUUCGGCCAUACAUGUCCCAGACGGCCGGAGAACGGCUCCUCUACACCUUAUAUGCUGUCUUGGUGCAUCAUGGUGACAGCUGUCAUGCAGGACACUAUUUCUGCUACACAAAGGCCAGCAAUGGACUGUGGUACAAGAUGAACGAUAUGGCUGUGAAAGGUUGUGGCAUCCAGACAGUUCUCAGGCAGCAAGCCUAUUUACUGUUUUAUGUCAGGAGACAAUUAUUACCUGCAUCCUUCAGUGCUGUUGAAUGUGAACUACCCCACGUCAGUCCUUAUCUUCCCUUGCUGGGCUUCAGGCUGCUGCCCUGGUGUAAAGUGCUACUUGUCUGCUGUCUGAAGCUGGCUAAUGUAGAGAAGAGUGCAGAGGAAGGCUUCUGCAUGAUGUGCAUGACAGUAGCGCACAUUGAGGAGGUCCUGUCUUGCUCGGGUAGUGCCAUCGAACCUACGUCUCUCGUCAAUGAGCUUCCAUUAACGUGCUUCAGCUGCAAAGCCAUUUCAGACACCUACGAGGCAUUCCUUGAUAUUCCCUUGGAUAUCAAGUCAGAUGCCAUGCUCCUCCCUCAUCCAGGUCGACAAUCUGCCCCCGUCACCAUCUCAGCACCCCCGAGUGAUUGCCUGAUGUGCAUCUCCGCGGUGCUGAAACCCUCCUCCUCCCUGCUGAGCGGUCACACUCGGUGGUGUCCACAAACCGGCCGCAGAGGUCAUAGCCCCGAUGUGGGGAUCUGCUCCGCUCUCUCUGAAACAGCUGAGCGUGCUCCCGAGCAGCCCUGGGUGUGGGAGCCCGCUUGCAGCUGGCAUUGGAGGGCCCUGCAGCUGCAUCAUCCCUUGGGGCUCUGUCAUGACGUGGAGGACUUGCUCUCCACCUCCCCUUCCUCCUCGCUGAGCGGUGCGUGCAGAGGGGCAAAUGGUGGAGAGCGGACCGGGCACGCAGCUUUCCUUCUGGACACCAGCCUUAGGCAGCCGCAGAAGAAGCGAUGCAAGCAGGAGCCCACGUAG